AUGAAUAACAAGUCGACGUUAGAUCGGAAGUAUCAGAGGUCCAGAGAAUUGGGGUAUAUACCAAGAAGGACAAUUCACAGGUCUCCUCUAAAAUUUGAGACAAUUCCUCGGAAUAGAUCAACCUUUACGCCAAAGCACAAGCUUGCAAAAUAUACAUCAGACGAUGCGAGGUAUGAUAGUGCUAGAUAUACUGAUAAUAAAAAUACUGAUUCUCCUAUAAGGUCGAUAUCUCUGUUGCCAUAUACACCUUCCAAAUUGCAGCCAACGAAGCUAUACAAAUUAUUCAACGAUAGCACGCCCGUGAAUAAAGGAAUAUUGAUAACGAACAGAAACAGAAGAUAUGAUGGGAAAAAUAGAAAGGUGGCUGCUUUGGAAGAUAGCGGAGGAAUAUUCAGCAGACUAAGGUCGUUUCUAGUCAAAUUUAGUUUGUCCAGCCAUGAAGAUGACCAGACUGAUUUGAAUUUACUCCGAAAGUCUGCCAAAAAUGUCUUAAAUGUAGAUGAAAGUCCAGAGAAUAAAGGGAACAAAAGAGUGUGGUUUGAGAAAGACGACCAUAAGGAGAUAAAGAGACGAGAUAUUUCUUUCGAGGAACCACGAGAUCUCGUUGACGAGGCUACUAUUCAGAAGCGCAAGCAUUACGAAUCAGAGCAAACAAGAAAUCGAUUCGAGGAGUUACGUGACAUAAUUAUACGGGAAAAAGAUAACAACGAACGACUUAGAAGUAAAUAUGAUGAUAGAAUCAAGUCACUUAAAAUAGAGUUUGAUAAGUGUACGAAAGAAUUAAACCAACAAAUCCUCGUUUUGCAGAAUCGUGCUAGAUUACACGUUGACGAGUUAGAGAAAACAAAAUUAGAACAAUUGGAAAGAGAAUUAUUCAAGGAACACGAAAAAUUUUUAGUAAAGCAAAAGGAACAAGAACAAGAAUUGUCCAAAGAAAGACGGAGGUUGCAGACCCUUGGAUAUGAAUUGAAUUCCAAGAGAAACAAACUUGAAAAUGAUUUGGCUACAUUGGAGAAAGACCGAGAAGCAAUCUUGCAACAGAAACUUGAAAUCAGCUUGAAAUGUAAGAACUUGGAUGAAUUAAACGAAAGGAAUAUGCAACUAACGAACAACCGCAAAACCAAUAACUUUGGUCCUAAUGACGUGGUUGUGACUAGACUUGGAUUAAAUCAGGAAAGGUAUAAACAAGAGCGGAAACUAUUAAAUGAAGAGAAACGAAUUAUAAAGUCUGACUUAGAUGCAAACGAAAAUGAUUAUGUGCAAUUCUUUGAGAAGCUAAUCGAUAUAUCCCAGUCUAUUUUAAAAGAGGGUGACACACAUAAAGAGUACAUACUAAAUGAUUUUGAAACUUUAUUGGAAUCACUAAAUACGAAAGAUAUGCCAAAGAACCUGUUGAUAAAAUUUGAAAGCAUUAAAGGCAAAUUUUCAGAGUAUCUGAAAGCCUUCCACCGCUUCCAACUGGCAUACGCUCGACUGAAAGCCCAAGAUAUAGGUGAAGAAUACAAUAUCGAUAACCUUAUAGAUAUCAGGUCUCUCUUCACCCGACUCACCGAAAGUUUCAGUAAGUCCAUCUACAAGAAGCGUAAGGGCCUAUUUCAAAUGAACCAGGAAAUUUCAGCUUUUCAGAUUAACCUUAUGUCUUCCUCCACAAGUAGUCAGCGUUGUAGAGACAUUGCCAAUGCCUACGAUAAGAGAAGUAAAAUAUUAAAUGAAAUGAAAGUACUCAACGAAUUAUUGAUAAGUCUAUCAGUUCUACUGAAACAAUUAGAAGAAAUAAUCAUUAUCAUUGGACAUUCCCCUAAUAUACCUCUGAACGGUUUACUACUAGAUACCGAUCUGAUCGAAGAUCAUUAUCUGCUGGAAAUAUAA